AGAGUUCUGGAGCGCUCCAGGAAGCGGCGGUAAGAGUGCAGAGGAAUGUUGUGCUGGAAGCGGAAGAGGCCAGAAGAAGAGUGCAGAGACGAUGAACAACAAAUUUGAUGCACUGAAAGAUGAUGACAGCGGGGAUCAUGAUCAGAAUGAGGAGAACAGCACACAGAAAGACAGUGAGAAGGAAAAGAAUGAUAAGGACGUGAAUCAGAACUCCUCUAGAAAGAAGAUCGUAGUGCCAGGUCCAGCAGAGCACCCUUUGCAAUACAACUACACAUUCUGGUAUUCUCGCAGGACACCGGGUAGACCAACCAGCUCUCAGAGCUAUGAGCAGAACAUCAAGCAAAUCGGUACCUUUGCCUCUGUGGAGCAAUUCUGGAGGUUCUACAGCCACAUGGUACGUCCUGGGGAACUAACAGGGCACAGUGACUUUCAUCUUUUUAAGGAAGGUAUCAAGCCAAUGUGGGAGGAUGAUGCAAACAAGAAUGGAGGGAAGUGGAUAAUCCGCCUACGUAAAGGUCUGGCAUCUCGGUGCUGGGAGAACCUUAUCUUAGCCAUGCUAGGAGAGCAGUUUAUGGUUGGGGAGGAGAUUUGUGGAGCCGUGGUCUCGGUACGCUUUCAGGAAGAUAUCAUUUCUAUUUGGAAUAAAACGGCGAGUGACCAAGCAACGACCGCUCGGAUCCGAGACACCUUAAGAAGAGUCCUGAAUCUUCCUCCUAACACAGUCAUGGAAUAUAAAACGCACACAGACAGUAUCAAGGACAAAACAAGCUUCCGAAACACGAAAAUUACAUUGUGAGUCGUUCUGACCAGUGCUGACCUUUUAUCCUAUGUUUAAAUCCAUCACACUCGCCUUCUAGAGUAGACAGUAUUCUGUGUGUGCUAUAACAUGCUACAACAACACUGCCAGAAUGCUCAACCAUUCAUGACAAGUGCAAUACAUUGUUCGCUCUUCAUCAGAAAUGAAGUCGCUGUGGACUUUCGUCUCGCCUACAUCGAUCUUCGCUUCAUGAACUGUCCACUACAACUGCUUGCCAGCAACGGAAG